UAACCCUAAACCCCCCCCCAAUCAGCUGCUGCUCCCUACUUGUGUUGUGUCUGGAGGAUCUAUCUUUUCUUGAUUUCAUCUUUUGCUCUGCGCUCGACCAAGGAUGCGACCUCCGAGAGGCGGCGGACGUGGCGGUGGAUUUAGGGGCGGCAGAGAUGGCGGCCGCUUCGGGGGCGGUGGUGGUAGAGGCGGCCGCUUCGGUGGCCGUGGCCGUGGCGGUGGCCGCUUUGGUGGCGGUGGUCGCGACGAUUAUAACCAACCACCUGAGGAAGUAGUAGAGAUUUCGACGUUUCUUCAUGCUUGCGAGGGCGAUGCAGUGACUAAGCUCACCAAUGAGAAAAUACCUUACUUUAAUGCUCCAAUUUAUCUUCAAAACAAGACCCAGAUUGGCAAAGUUGAAGAAAUUUUUGGUCCCAUCAAUGAAUCCUACUUUUCAGUUAAAAUGAUGGAAGGCAUUGUAGCAACUUCGUAUUCGGCUGGUGAUAAGUUCUACAUCGACCCGGCUAAGCUUUUACCACUGUCAAGAUUUCUUCCCCAGCCAAAGGGACAGACACAAGGUGCUAGAGGUGGAGGCCGUGGUGGAGGCAGAGGUGGUGGGAGAGGCGGUAGCUUUCGUGGAGGCGGUAGCUUUCGUGGAAGGGGUGCUCCAAGGGGUAGGGGUGGCCCCCGAGGUGGCGGACGUGGUGGUGGUUUUAGGGGCAGAGGGAGAUUUUAGAAUGGCAUUGUGUACUUUUUCUAUGUCCUCCUUUGAGUUGUGAUUCCAGAACGCUUUGGAAGGUAAUUCACAUGUUGGUUUUGAUAUGAACUUUUUGUUAACAGAAUGAGUGGAAUUUAUUGGCACAUUUCUGUAUCCUCUUUUAUUUAUGUGCGGUAUUUAGUGGAUUCAAUCAGAUAUGGCUCUAUUAAAUUUCGAGUGUUAAACAUUUUUCAGUUUCC